AUCAAUCCACUUCGAUCUGCGUUCCAAACCCACGACCAAUUUUUCAUUUUUUUUUUUUUUCCUGAAACGAUUUCCUUUAGCUCUGCUAAAAGAAGCAACUUUUCUCUAACAACUCAGUUCCCACCCAACGCAAUUACAGCUUUUCCAAAAUCGUACCUUGAAAUUUGUCUUGUUGGAAAUUGAAGAUUCUUCUCUUUUUCUCAAAGAUUGAAUGGCGGGCUCUGGAAGUACUGAGUUCGAUCCUGAACUAGUCAUUUCCCACAAAUUUCCUGAGAGUUUAUAUACUUACACUGAAAGGGAUGCUGCUCUUUACGCUCUUGGCAUAGGAGCAUGUGCAAAGGAUGCUAUUGAUGAUAAAGAGCUUAAAUAUGUUUAUCAUCAAGAUGGUCAAGAAUUCAUUCAGGUCUUGCCAACUUUUGCUGCUUUGUUCUCUCUUGGAUUUACUUCAGAAAUGGAGCAGAUUCCAGGCUUGCAAUAUGAUCCACGUCUUCUACUGCACGGCCAACAAUACAUUGAAAUCUAUAAGCCGCUCCCUUCCCAUGGCUGUAUACUAAACAAAGCGAGUAUUGCUGGAUUGCAUGAUAAAGGUAAAGCAGCCAUUCUUGAAAUAGAAAUUGUAAGUUACGAGAAAGAAUCUGGUGAUCCACUAUGCAUGAACCGGUUGGCUAUUUACUUGAGGGGUGCUGGUGGGUUCUCGAAGUCAUCUCAGCCUUACUCUUACUCAAAAAAUCCUAGUAAUCAAUCUGCCUUUCCUAAAAUUCCCAAAAGUCAACCUUUUGCUGUUUUUGAAGAAUGUACGCAUGCAUCACAGGCCUUGCUGUAUAGGCUAUCUGGUGAUUACAAUCCAUUGCAUUCAGAUCCAAUGGUUGCAGGAAUUGCAGGAUUUUCUCGUCCAAUACUGCACGGGUUGUGCACGCUUGGAUAUGCAGUUAGGGCUAUCAUUAAAUGUAUUUGCGGAGGUGAACAGAACAUGAUCAAGAGCAUAUCUGGCAGAUUUUCACUACAUGUCUAUCCAGGAGAGACUUUAAUCACGGAAAUGUGGCUGGCAGGGUUGAGACUUAUAUAUCAAGUGAAGGUUAAGGAACGUAACAGGGCCGUGCUUUCUGGAUUUGUGGAUCUUGAUCGUUUAAGUUCAUCACUGUGAGUGUUCAUGGUGCACUCACGAGGAGAGAGUGUUUUGUAUGAUAAUAUUGGUUUGUAUUUUAUGUCUAAUUACACAAUCUGGAUCUAAUCAUUUUAAGUUCAUAUCUCUCAUGGUACAGUCCUGUGGAGAGGGCUUCCUGUGCAACAAUCUAAAUUACCAUUUCUUUUGCUAAAGUUUAAAUUACUAUUGACCUUAAAUAACAUUUGCCAAAUGUGAUGUUGGUAAA